UCUUGCAGAAUGUGCUCAUCAAUGCAUAUCCAAGACCCAAUUCUCACUUUCCUCUUGUAGAAUACCAACCAUCCGUCAGUACUUAAACGGAUUUCACUCGUUAUUUCAUUUUUACAAUUCAUCUUUUGAAAUUGAAACUAUAUUAGGUUUGAUUAAUUCCAUAAUAAACCCAAAAUCUUGAUAAACCCUAGGUUUUGAUGGACUCUAACGAGGAAACCAGACUAACCAGUGUUGAUCAACAGAGGAAGAAGCGGAUUAUUAUUGACUUGGAAGAAAGUAACCCUUUCGAGAAUGUUGAUAAGCAAAACAGUUUCACCAACAAAGAAGUGAUCACUAUAUUAGAUGAGGAUGAGGAUGAUCAAGAUGUUGAACAUCUACAGAACUUGAAGUUGGAACUGGGAAACGAAAUCCAAAACUUGAGGUUGAAACUGGAUAGCGAAAUUGAAGUACUUAACAAAGAAAAAUCUGCAGUAGAAAAUGAUAUCGGAUUACUUAACAAAGACAGAACAAGACUAGGAAAUGAUGUUGGGUUACUCAAUCAGAAGAGGAUUGAACUGGAAACUGGUUUUGGAUUGCUCAAAGAGGAGAAUAAUAAACUGUCUAGUGGUAAUGAAUCUCUGAAGACAAAGAAGAUUUUACUCGGAAAUGAUAUCAAACUACUGGAACAAGAAAAGGCUAAAUUGGAAAGGGAUAUUGAAUCUCUUGACAUUGACAAGACUGCCUUGGAGAAUGACGUUGAAUCAUAUGACGAGGAGAGGACAAAAUUGGGGACUGAUACCGAGUUACUCAACAAGGAGAAGACUCAACUUGUGCGUGACAUUGAAUCUCUUAACAGCAAGAAGACUGUCCUGGAGAAUGACAUUGAAUCGUUUUACAAGGUGAAGGCUACACUGGGGACUGAUACCGAGAUACUCAACAAGGAGAAGACUCAACUUGUAUGUGAUAUUAAUUCAUGUAACAGUGAGAAGACUGUUCUGGAGAGCGACAUUGAAUCGCUUUACAAGGAGAAGACUAGAUUGGGGACUGAUACUGAGAUACUCAACAAGGAGAAGACUCAACUUGGAUGUGAUAUCGAGUCAUUUAACAGCGAGAAGACCGUUCUGGAGGGCGACAUUGAAUCACUUCACAAGGAGAAGAUAAAGUUGGUAACUGAUACUGAGUUAUUCAGCAAGGAGAAGACUCAACUUGGAUCUGAUAUUGAAUCAUUUAAAAGUGAGAAGACUGUCCUGGAGAGUGACAUUGAGUCACUUUACAAGGAGAAGACUAGGUUGGGGACUGAUACCGAGAUACUCAACAAGGUGAAGACUCAACUUGGAUGUGAUAUCGAGUCAUUUAACAGCGAGAAGACCGUUCUGGAGGGCGACAUUGAAUCACUUCACAAGGAGAAGAUAAAGUUGGUUACUGAUACUGAGUUACUCAGCGAGGAGAAGACUCAACUUGGAUCUGAUAUUGAAUCAUUUAAAAGUGAGAAGACUGUCCUGGAGAGUGACAUUGAGUCACUUUACAAGGAGAAGACUAGGUUGGGGACUGAUACCAAGAUACUCAACAAGGUGAAGACUCAACUUGGAUGUGAUAUCGAGUCAUUUAACAGCGAGAAGACCGUUCUGGAGAGGGACAUUGAAUCACUUCACAAGGAGAAGAUAAAGUUGGUAACUGAUACUGAGUUACUCAGCGAGGAGAAGACUCAACUUGGAUCUGAUAUUGAAUCAUUUAAAAGUGAGAAGACUGUCCUGGAGAGCGACAUUGAGUCACUUUACAAGGAGAAGACUAGGUUGGGGACUGAUACCGAGAUACUCAACAAGGUGAAGACUCAAGUUGGAUGUGAUAUUGAAUCAUUUAACAGUGAGAAGACGGUUCUGGAGAGCGACAUUGAAUCACUUCACGAGGAGAAGACUAAGUUGGUAACUGAUACUAAGUUACUCGGCGAGGAGAAGACUCAACUUGGAUGUGAUAUUGCAUCAUUUAAAAGUGAGAAGACUAUCCUGGAGAGUGACAUUGAGUCACUUUACAAGGAGAAGAGUAAGUUGGGAACUGAUAGUGAGUUACUCAACAAGGAGAAGACUCAACUUGUAUGUGAUUUGGAAUCACUUAAGAAAGAAAUGUCUAUGGUUGGAAGUGAUGUUGAAAUGCUUAAAAACGAUAAAUAUAAGCUGGGAAAUGAUGUCGGCUUACUCGAUAAAGAAAAGUCUGAACUACAAAAAGUGAUUGAGUUAUUCUGCAACGAGAAAGAAAAGCAGCAAAGUAAUUUGGAAUCAGUUAAGAGAGAAACGUCUAUGGUUGAAAGUGAUGUUGAAUCACUUAACAAAGAGAAAUCUCAGCUAAGAAGUGAUAUCUGCUUACUCGAUAAAGAAAAGUCUGAACUCCAAAAUGGGAUUGAGUUAUUCUGCAAGGACAAAGAAAAGCUGCAAAGUAAUUUGGGAUCACUUACGAAAGAAGUUUCUAAGGUUGGAAGUGAUGUUGAAUCACUUAACAAAGAGAAAUCUCAGCUAGGAAGUGAUAUCGGCUUACUCGAUAAAGAAAAGUCUGAACUCCAAAACAGGAUUGGGUUAUUCUGCAAGGAGACAGAAAAGCUGCAAAGUAAUUUGGAAUCACUUAAGAAAGAAAUGUCUACGGUUGGAAGUGAUGUUGAAUCACUUAACAAAGAGAAAUCUCAGCUAGGAAGUGAUAUCGGUUUACUCGAUAAAGAAAAGUCUGAACUGCAAAGCGGGAUCGAGUUUCUUAACGAAGAGACGACUACACUGCGAAAUGGGGUUGCAUUGCUCAGUGAAGAGACGACUGCACUGCAAAAUGGGAUUCAGUUUCUCAAUGAAGAGAAGACUAACCUGCAUCAAUUUCUCAGUGAACAGAAGGAUGAAUUUGUUCGUUCUGCGAUAUGUGAAGUUAAUGAAUCUAUUUAUAAACGAGAGAAGAAAUUAGCUAAAAGUGAAAAAUUGGUUGCAGAGCUUCGGGAAGCUCAACAAGAACUUAUCAAGCAAAUGAAGUCAGAAAAAGUAACCAGAAAUACAGUGAUUGGAGUAAAGAGAAAGAAAGGACUCAGUGAGUUAUGGAAUUUUAGAGAGAAGAAGAGAGCCACGCUGAAAGAAGUGAUUAGUCUCCGAUUGAACCGUACAGAUAAAUAAAAGAGGCUAAGGAUUUUCAGCUGAAUAGUAGGAAUGUGGUAAUGUCUGUUUUUUGAGGUUUUCUGGGUACACAGCAUGAGGAUGCAAACAUAAUAUAAUAAUGUAAAUGUGUGUGAAUGAAUUAGGUAAUGAGAUAAAGCUAGAUGUGGAGGGAUAGAAUAGAGCUGUUAACAAUCUGCUCAGCUCGUGAUGUGAAGCUGAAUUUUGGAACUUGUAAAUGUUUUGAAUUUGAAAUGUUAAACUGCUGGCUGAAUUGGCCUUUCUCAGAAAA